GAAUUGUAGAAGUUAAGACAUAUGGAUUUUGAUACCACCUUCACAAUGGGAUCGUCAUACUUGUAUCUCCUGCCCCUUUCCGUCUUUGUCCUCUUCCCAUCCACAUUUAUAAUCACGUAUACCUUAUCAGUAUUGCUCCACCAUACUGAACCUGAUUUUCCAUACAUCAGUGACACUGGUACUUAUUCUCCAGAGAGCUGCAUAUUUGGGCAGGCUCUCAACAUAGGAGCUUUAGUUAUUCUUGUAACCAUCUACGUUAGAUAUAGGCAGAUUGCUGAGUUGUACCAUAACCACUCGUCCUCGUCUCACAUUGUACGCCUAAACCGCAUAGGCCUAUUUGUGGGCUCAGUUGCAGCACUUGGCAUAUCAGUUGUUGCAAAUUUUCAAGAGACAAAUGUUUUUUAUGUUCAUAUCACAGGGGCACUUAUGGCCUUUGGUCUAGGGACUGGAUAUCUUUGGGUUCAGGCUCUGUGUUCGUACCAAACUCAUCCUUUGGUAAAUAGCUUGGCCAUGGCUCAUGUACGACUUAGUCUGGCAACUGUCGCUUCGAUAUGCUUCCUAGCUGGAUGUGUAUGUGCUAGUAUAGCACAUUCACAAUUUAAUGGUGAUGAUCCGACUAAAUGGUACCCGAAAGAUGGUGGUUGGGGGUUCCAUGUUGCCAGUACAGCUUCAGAAUGGAUAUGUGCUGCAUCCUUCAGCAUAUUCAUGCUAACUUUAGUUGAUGAGUUCAAAACUAUAUCCAUGGAUCCUCCACAGGUUUAUGUAUCAGUCGAUACACUGGCUCCAACCCAAUACAGUGGCAUUGGAGAGAAUGACCAGACUGCUGAAGAUGUGCAAGCUAUUCUUACACAGUCAUCUUAUAUAACCUGAGAACAACCCUCCCAGUCAGCUAG